AUGACAAGACCAAGCUGUAACAAUUGUUUACGAUCUAAGAUUGUUUGUGAGGGGUACGGCAUUAAGCUUCGAUGGUCAUACCCACUCAAUUAUAAUACUAAAACAGGUAAUGCCACUAAGGUUGUGUUUGAAAGCUAUAGAGACAUUGAAGAUGACCCCAGUAACGGCACUGGUGGUCAGUUUCAUCAACGGAGACAAGUGGGUUUUGUUACGUGGAAGGACCCCUAUGAAACGUAUGAUGACAUGGAUAAAGAUUUAAUGAUUCUUCAUAACUCCGGGUGUGAUUGGCAGGUCAACGCUGAUGGGAUGACGAAGCUCUUGGGACCAUUUGGGGUGUUCCGAGGAUCUAAUUCUGAUUCCGAAAGCAUAAAUACUUUAUUGCAAGGAGGAGGAGGACCAAAUGUGACUAGUCAGAAGUUUGGUGGUGGUUCUGGAGUCGCAACUGGUCCCGGUACCGGCGGUGGUGUUGGUGUUGGAGGUGGUGGUCCCGCUUCCGGUUCAGGCGACGUUAACCGAUCCAGGACUGAGAGUACCGAAUCUAUAAAGAGACAAAUCGAUCAAGAUGGUAGCGGAGAGUCCAUACCAAAGAGGCAUCAUGGUACCAACUCUGAUAGUCAUGGUACUGUUGAUGCUGCUAAAGCUACUGCUACUAAUUCUACUACCAACACUAAUAACGGGGCUCAUGAUCAACCUUGGCUAUCUAAUGAAUUACGUGAGCAUGCAAUGUUAACUGCUGCUGCCUUAAAUGGAGAUUCACAUCUACUUGAUUUCAUAGGAACAUUCAAUUCCCAAAGUAAUACUCCGUUCUAUAACUCUAACCAGUUGUUAUCGGAUCUUCCAGACACAAAUGGGUCUAAUCAAAUGGGUGAUUUUUUAAACUUGGUGUUCCAUGGGAAUAACAAUAGUGGGUUCCCGAACUUAAAUACGACGACUUCCCAUUCAAUACCUCCUCAUUCUCCAACUACAAGACCUCCGUCUCAGAUCUCUUCUUCUGAUAAUCAUUUGGGUCCGAGUCCAGCAGGUAGUCAACUGUUUUAUUCCAACUAUAACAACUACUUUUACAAUAAUCCAUACAAAUUGAAUGAAAACUUGGAGAUCCAAUUACAUGCUAAUAACAAUACAUCUAAUCCUCAUGAUGAAGCUAGAACUGAUAUUGUAGCUGGAGAGAAUAACUCAAAGACUCAAAUGCCGACAUCCAUUAUGUCUAUCGUUCAAAACCCUCUUCAACCAGGGUUCAACUUAUUGGUCCCAUCUCCUAGUUCAGUGACUAUCCCCACAACUGCUUUACAAAUCGAACCAUUGACUCGGUUCUUACUCAACUAUUAUGUCACUCAAGUUGCUGAUUUAAUGACAGUUAUCCCACUUACCGAGAACCCUUGGAAAACUAUAUAUUUCCCCAGAGCAUUGAUGGCUAUUGGAGAACUAGGAGCUUUGGGGAAAACAUCUGUGGCCAAGAAUGCCCUUUUAAAUGCCUUGCUUGCAGUAUCAGCAUUCAAUUUACAAUCCAAAUUUCCUAAGAACUCAGACUCAAUGAAAUAUUAUCUUAACUUGGGUAUUCGGUUACGGAACCAAGCCAGUUUAUUUGUUAAGAAACUUUUAGGUUCCGGUUCCAGUGCCCAAGCUGGAGUUGAUCGUUGUGUGGCCAAUGAAAAGUAUAAGGAUAUCUUAUGUGCUGUAAUGUCAAUGAUUAGUGUGGAUCUUGUUUGGGGUACCAUGCAAGAUACCAAUUUUUAUAUUACAUGGUGUGGGAAAGUUAUUCAUACCAAAAUGAUUACCAAGAAGAAAUUAUCCACAAAGGCCCGUAUCUUACAUCGGAUUUUCUCCUCAAUGAAAUUAAUCCAGGAUUCCACUUGUUUAGAUAUUGAAAGUAUUAAAAAUGAUUAUGAGGUUAUUAAUGAGAUUGGAUAUGAUGUCAAUGGAGACAAAUAUGUUAAUAAUCCUAAGAAUAAAAUCGAAUUCAUUGUGAGUUAUUCCAAAUCCAAUUCCAAAAACACAACUCCACUAUUUGUUAAUAAGAAAUUGAUUAAUACCAAAAAAUAUGACGAGAACUUCGCCACAGAUGCCUUAUAUGGACUCCCGAAUUCUUUAAUCAUAUUAUUCACUGAAAUUGUUCAAUUACUCCGGACCAAGAUUUAUCAUGAACAAGAGUUGGGGACCAAGCCGGCAAAUAUGGAACAAAGAAUCAAAAAAUUACAUUCAAAACUUCAUCAAUGGAAUUUGGAUUGGGAUCUUUAUAAAGGUCCUCAAGAAAACUUACGAGACAUCAACUUAUCUGAAAAUGCCGACGAUGAAAAGGUAUUUUAUUCUCCUAUUCAUGAAGCCACGUAUCAUCAUAUUGUUUCAUUUUACCAUGCGCUUACGAUUUACUUUGAUCGACUAAUUACCAACGUUCAACCUGAACUCCUACAAGUUGCUGUGGAAAAGACGCUCUACCAUUUAAAUUCCAUUCAAAAACUCAUAGCCAAAAACGAAGCGGCCAUUGUCCCGUUGUUUUGGCAAGGGUUCAUUGCCGGUUGUGAAGCUACCACUCCCCAAUUACAGCAAAGCUUUAAAAAGUGGGGUGCAGACAUAGCUCUUUACCUUGGAAGUUAUUGGGGUGCUCGCCAAAUCAUGCUUGAAGUGUGGAGACGGAAAGGGUUUAAUGACGACCGGAGCGAUUGGGUCAGUGUUAUCCGAGAUUGGGAAAUGAACUUGAUGUUAAAUUGA